AAAAAAGAAGAAGAGGCACAACAGGAGGAGGAGUUGAAACGCUUUUAUGAGCAGCAGAAAGCAGGCAAUGUGACUGAAGAGAAAGAGAAGCACAAACUACCUUCCCGAACACCUAGACCACCAACUGCUGACAGUGAAGUGUCCAUCAAAUCUCACGAUGAGCCCCAGCCACGUGCAACAUCUCCACCAGUUCCUUCUAGGCGCAAUCAGCUCAGAGCGUAUGAAGAGAAGAAGAGUGUAAUUGGUGAGCUGUCUGAGCUGAGGAAGCAACUGCGCAGCGAGCAAAGACGUUUGGAGGGCCGUUUACAAGACACUGACAGAGAUGAUGAGUCUCUCCCCUCCAGGAGCGGACGGAGGAGGGAGAAAAGCUCCGCAGAUAUCUUUGAACUGGCCAGGCAGAGGCUUCAGGCUACAGUACGAAGAACUUCAUUAAAGGAACUGGAGAAUGCGAAUAUGCAUAAUAUCCGAGAAUUUAAUGACCUCAAGUACAGA